AUGUUUCUGAGCCGGUCUGAACGCAGUCUCCUGAGGGAGUCGUUGUGCAGCAGAGCUCUGGGCUGGAGAUGUUCAGAUUGCACACGUGUGGUCAUCUAUGAUGCCGAGAGCAGAAGUGCAGAGGAAGCCACAGCUUUCUUUCUCUUCGUUCAUAUUCCUCCGUUUUUCUCCCACAGGUUUCUGGAAAACUCUCUGCUCAGCGCCGAGGUGAAAGAGGGAGAGAUUCUUCCUCCGACCAUCCAGAAGCUGAUGAAAGGAUACAACAAAUACCUCCGGCCUUUCUUUGACAAUGGUCCCGUCACGGUGGGCAUGAGUUUAGACAUCGCCAGUAUUGAUACCAUUUCAGAGAUCAACAUGGACUACACCGCCACGAUCUUCCUCCGGCAGCGCUGGACAGACGAGCGUCUCGUGUUUGAAGGCAAUAAGAGCUUGAGUCUGGACGGGCGACUGGUGGAGCUGCUGUGGGUCCCAGACACCUUUAUAGUGGACUCCAAGAAGUCCUUCCUCCACGACAUCACCGUGGAGAACCGACUGAUCCGGAUCUUUCCCAACGGGACCGUUCUCUAUGCGCUCCGGAUCACCACAACUGUGGCCUGUAACAUGGAUCUGACCAAAUAUCCCAUGGACAAACAGACGUGCACCUUACAACUGGAGAGCUGGGGUUAUAACAUCAAUGACGUGAUGUUUUACUGGGCGCGUGGGAACGACUCUGUGAGCGGUUUGGACACGCUGAAACUGGCUCAGUUCACCGUAGAAGAUCAUUACACCUCAGUGUCUGAGGCCGUAUAUGAGACAGGAAAUUAUCCCAAGCUGAUCUUUCAUUUCGAGCUGAAGAGGAGCAUCCUGUACUUCAUCCUGGAGACAUACGUGCCGUCCAGCCUGCUGGUGGUUCUGUCCUGGGUCUCUUUCUGGAUCAGCCAAUCAUCCGUCCCCGCUCGCGUCUGCAUAGGCGUUACGACCGUCCUGACAAUGACCACGCUGAUGAUGGGCGCGCGGACGUCUCUGCCCAAUGCCAACUGCUUCAUCAAGGCCAUCGAUGUGUACCUGGGCAUCUGCUUCAGCUUCAUCUUUGGAGCGCUGAUAGAGUACGCCGUGGCCCACUUCUGCACGCUACAGCAUCCCGACUACAAGAACGCACUCAUGAUUCAUCACGGAGCCGUGGAUUUGGUUCAAGGCUUACAGCUGGUUAUUAAAGAGCAUGUGGAGAAGAUGAAGAGGCGUGAGGUCAGUGCUGUCGAUGAGCUGAUGAAGAUGAUGGUGAGGUUUGUGCCGUUUUGUGCCAAAAGCAAACUAGAGGCGCUUAAAGUUCGAAUUCAGAGCAUGAAAACACAAAACACCACUUUCACUAAAUCAUUGAUGCCUCUUUGA